GGAAUCCGAAUGACAAUGUUGGGGAUUUUGAUUGCUACUGCUAUUUUCCUGGAGGCCGUCUCGGCCACCUCCCUUGGUGUUGUCUCUACCGAGGGAGGAUUUGUUCAGGGAGAAAAUAUUAAGAUUGCUACCAAUCGCUACAUGGACGUUUUCAGAGGCAUUCCCUUUGCUGCCGUCCCUAAAAGGUUGGAGAAGCCAACGCCUCACCAAGGCUGGGAUGGUACUCUGAAGGCCACUAGCUACAAGGACAGAUGCCUUCAGUGGACGGUAGUCAUGGAUGAAGUCAUGGGAAGUGAGGACUGUCUCUACCUGAAUAUCUGGGUGCCUCACAUCAAUAAAGCUGCCGCAAAUCUGCCCGUCAUGGUUUGGAUCUUUGGUGGAGCUUUCAUGCUUGGAAGCUCAAUGGGCGGUACCUUCCUAGAUAACUAUCUGUACGACGGACAGGAAAUCGCAAACAGAGGAAAUGUUAUUGUUGUGACAGUAGGAUACCGUGUGGGUGCUCUUGGCUUCCUGAGCACUGGUGACUCUUCUAUGCCAGGAAAUUAUGGUCUGUGGGACCAGCAUGCCGCCAUCGCAUGGGUGCACAGAAACAUCAAAUCAUUUGGAGGAGAUUCCAGCAAAAUCACCAUCUUUGGAGAGUCUGCUGGAGGAGCCAGUGUUAGCUUUCAGACCAUCACUCCUAAAAACAAGGGGCUUAUUAAGAGAGCCAUCUCGCAGAGCGGCGUCGCUCUUUGCCCUUGGGCUGUAAACAGGAAUCCCCGCCAGUACGCAGAACAGGUUGCUAGGAAAGUCAACUGUCCCACCGAUAGCCGCAUGGCCAAGUGUCUGAAGAUGACCGAUGCCAAGUCUCUGACUUUGGCGGCAACUUUAGAGCUGUCUGGCUCUCCUGAUUCUCCUGUGGUAAACAACAUGGCUCUUUCUCCUGUGAUUGAUGGCGACUUCUUGCCGGAUGACCCGUCGAACCUGUUCCACAACGCCGCUGACAUUGACUACAUGGCUGGAGCCAAUGACAUGGAUGGACACAUCUUCACAGGCAUAGACGUUCCAUCAAUCAACUCGCCCCUCUUGACGACAACUGUUGAUGAUGUGAAGGGGCUGUUGCGCUCCUUCACCAAGGAGAAGGGAACGAUGGGUUAUGAAAAUGCCUAUGCCACAUACAGCGCAGAUUUGGGAUCCAAACCCAGCGGGGAAACUAUCAAAAAAACCGUUGUGGCCGUCGAGACAGACUACCUUUUCCUGAUUCCCACUCAGGCUGCUCUUUUCCUCCAUGCCUCCAAGGCCAGAACUGGUCGCACCUACUCGUACCUGUUCUCUGAGCCCAACCGUAUGGGAGGCACCUUAGAAGCCUUCCCCAGCUGGCUUGGAGCUGACCACGCUGAUGACUUGCAGUACGUCUUUGGAAAGCCAUUCUCCACCGCACUGGGAUACUUUCCACGUCAUCGUGACGUUUCUGGAUAUCUGAUUGCCUACUGGACCAACUUUGCCAAAACGGGAGACCCUAACUCAGGAGGUCUGAGCGUUCCUGCUACGUGGCCAGCAUUCACAUCCAGUGGACACCAGUUUGUAGAGAUCAAUGCAGAUAUGGACGGCAGCUACGUUAAAAAGGACCUAAGGAUGCGUUAUGUGAAUUUCUGGACCAGUACCCUGCCUAACCUUCCUACGAUCUACUCAGAGGAAUGA